GUCUUUUUUGUUUUUCGUGUUUGUUCCUUUACUACUUUUUUUUUUUUAAUCAUCAUGGUCUUUUUUCCUUUAAUUCAGCGUAGGUUAUUUCAUGCAUUACCAAGUGCUUCCAAAUUUAUUUUUUCUCCUCAAGUAAAACAAGCUAUUCAAAGUGGUGGACCUGUCGUCGCUUUGGAAUCUACUAUUAUCAGUCAUGGUAUGCCUUAUCCUCAAAAUGUAGAAACAGCCAGAGUGGUUGAAUCCAUUGUUCGCGAUCAAGGUGCCAUUCCUGCAACCAUUGCCAUUUUGAAUGGACAUGUUCAUAUUGGAUUGGAUAAGGAUGCUUUAGAAGAACUUGGCAAAAUUGGUCCAAAAGCUGUCAAAGCUUCAAGACGUGACUUGGCUCCGGUGAUUGCAUUGAAACAAUCGGGUGCAACAACUGUAGCAAGUACUAUGAUGUUGGCAAGAGCAGCUGGUAUUCCUGUCUUUGUUACUGGGGGGAUUGGUGGUGUUCAUCGUGGUGCUGAUCAGUCGUUCGAUAUUAGUGCAGAUUUGACAGAACUUGGUAGAACUCCUGUAGCCGUUGUUUGUGCUGGUGUGAAAAGUAUUUUGGACAUUGAAAAAACAUUAGAAGUUCUGGAAACUCAAGGUGUCACUGUGGCUACUGUUGGUUCAAGCAAACGAUUUCCUGCAUUCUAUACUCCUGAUAGUGGAUUUGAUAGUCCAAGUCAUGUACCCGAUGCAAAGACUGCUGCCCAAGUGAUCUUGGCCAACCAUGAUCUUGAUUUAAAAAAUGGUAUGGUAUUUGCUGUUCCAAUUCCUGAAGAACACGCAGCGAACUCCCAAAUUAUUCAAGAUGCUAUUGACACUGCUGUACAAGAUGCAAGAUCUCAUGGUAUUCGUGGAAAAGAAGAAACACCAUACUUAUUGAAACGUGUUACGGAGCUUACUGUUGGUAAAUCCUUGGAAUCAAAUAUUGCCUUGAUUAAAAAUAAUGCAGUAGUGGGUGGUCAAAUUGCUGUGGCCUUAUCGAAAUUGAAAAUGAAUCGUAGAUAAAGAAAUGAAAACUUUUUUUUUUUUUAAAUUCUUAAUAUAGCCUUACUAUUUUACAUUUAUGCCUCAUCCAAUAAAUGACUUUUCAACUUCCAUUUU